GCCAGUUGAACUUUGUAAUGCAGAACGAAGUUUAGUCUGAACUUAGCCAAAAUUYCCUUCCUUUCCCCUCGAAAUACCCACAUUUAAAGAUACCUGCGUAUUAUAGGACAAUUAAUAUUUAGUUCUAGUCAUGUAAACUUGCUUUAAAGAUGAUUUAAGGGGAUGUUUUAAGACACGAAAGACGAAUCGUUUUCGAAGAGAAGACAAGAUGGCGACGAGAACGGGUGAUGCUUCGAAAGGUAUUCUAAACCAAGGCUUUUCUGCUGGUUCUAAUGGAAAAUCAGUGUUAAAAGAAGCUGUAGAUGCUGUAUUAACGUCCUUUGCAAAGCAUACACAAGGCCAUGGUGGAGCUGUGAAUGUAGAGGAGGCUUUGCAAGAAUUCUGGCAAAUGAAAGACACAGAUACAGGAUCCAAAAUCCAGCAUAGAAAAAGUGUGAAAUAUGAGCCAGAGAUGUCCGACAGACCUCCAUAUGUCUGCUUCGUAACCUUACCAGAGGGGAGCUGCUUUGGCAGUUUUCAACCUUGUCCAACCAAAGCCGAAGCCAGGCGAAGCGCUGCUAAGAUUGCGCUCAUGAAUUCGGUUUUUAAUGAACAUCCAUCAAGGAGAAUAACUGAUGAUUUUAUUGAUCUUGCUGUCAAAGAAGCUCAAGAAACAGAAAAACAGAUUGCUACGAAGAGAAGAACACUAUCCCUCAAGGCCCAAGACCCAGAUAAUCCCAGUACAGGGGUAGGAGCAUUCAGAUUCAUGCUCAAUUCCAACAAAGGCCGCACCAUGUUAGAAUUCCAGGAACUCAUGACCAUAUUCCAGUUAUUGCACUGGAAUGGUAGUUUAAAGGCCAUGCGUGACCGCGACUGCUCUAGACAAGAGGUGCUGGCACAUUAUACUGCAAGGGUAAUCGAUGACGACAUGCGCAGCCAAAUGGCACUCGAUUGGAUUUCACGAGAGCAAGAGCAGCCAGGAAUUAUAAAGAAAGAAACUGAGCGUGCUUUUAAGGAGCUAGAACAAUGUAGGUUGGCUGGAAGGGAGUUGAGAUUUCCUAAAGAGAAGAGAGACAUUUUAAGGAUGGCUUAUGAUCAACUUCGAAAUGUCUAAGGUCCAACUCUUUUCAACUUUAAUGCCAAUAUGGUCGCUACCCACCCCUCCCCUGUAGACAAAGACACGUAAAUCAUGAUCUAAAGCUUUGACAUGUGGGUGUAAUAUUUUCCAUUUCAGACUAUAUGUAAUUUCCUUGUUAUCUUCUCAAUCCUUAAGGCCGGUUUUCACUACAAUGCAAGCAUAAGCACAAACACAAGACUUAGUAUAAACAGGCCUUAUUUUAUUGUGAAAACUUUCUAACGCAAUGAUAAACACAAGCAUAAGGAUCAAAUUUUUUCCUUUUUGUUGCGCUUGUGCUUAAGCUUAUGCUGCGCCAGUGAAAACUAAACACAAUACAAGAGCAAUGAUGGUGAAUGAUUAAUGCAUGUCAUGUGACCAAUCACGACAGCACAGAAGAGGCAUGGCACUAGUUGCGCUUGUACUUAUUUCACAACUUUUUUUCAUUGAAAUAAGGUCUCUUGUGUUUGUGCUUAUGCUUGCACCAUAGUGAAAACCAGGCUUUACUGGUAAACAACGAAAUAAUACCCAAGGGAAUGUCAUGUUUUCUGAAAUGGACAAACGUUAUACCCAAGUGGUAUUAGGUCUAUUGACCUAUUAAGCUUGGUUAUGGUGUCAGUGAUGCCAUAAGGGGGAUUUCAUUUUCUAAAUUCCCUUUUUUUUUUUUUUU